AUGGGAGGCGUUGAAAGUCAUCUAUACCAAUUAUCACAAAGGCUGAUUCAACGUGGUCACAAGGUUAUAAUAAUAACACAUUCAUAUGGCAAUAGAACGGGAAUUCGUUAUUUGACGAAUGGUUUAAAGGUGUAUUACGUACCACACGUGGUAAUAUACUCGGAGGCUACCCUACCAACAAUAUAUGGAUUUUUUCCAAUAUUUCGUAAUAUCGUGCUUCGAGAAAAAAUAGACAUCGUUCAUGGCCAUCAAGCCUUCUCUUCUCUUUGCAACGAAGCGAUAUUGCACGCUCGUACAAUGGGAAUGAAGGCUUGUUUUACAGAUCAUAGUUUAUUUGGAUUUGCUGAUUCUAGUAGCAUUUUAAUGAAUAAGUUGUUAAAAUUUUCAUUAAGCGACAUUGAUCAUGUUAUUUGCGUUAGCCAUACAAGUAAAGAAAAUACAGUUCUUCGUGCAGCAUUAAAUCCUCAAAUGGUUUCAGUAAUACCUAAUGCUGUACUUGCUUCACAAUUUAAACCUGAUCCUGGCGCACAAGAUCCAAAUUUUAGCAAUAGAUUGGUUUAUAGGAAAGGAAUGGAUUUACUUGUAGCCGUGAUUCCAAGAAUUUGUCAAAAACAUCCAAAAGUUCGAUUUAUAAUUGGCAACGUUUAUCUAAUUUCAACAAUUAUUAUUAUUAAAUUUAAAAAUAAAAAAGGUGGAGAUGGACCAAAACGAGUAGAUUUAGAACAAAUGAGAGAAAAAUAUUUACUUCAUGAUCGUGUAGAAUUACUUGGUGCAGUGAAGCAUCAUGAAGUUAGGAAUGUUUUGACUAAAGGUCAAAUAUUUUUGAAUACUAGUUUAACAGAAGCAUUUUGUAUUGGUAUUGUAGAGGCAGCUUGUUGUGGUUUACUUGUUGUAAGUACAAAAGUUGGAGGUGUUCCCGAAGUAUUACCAAGGAAUAUGAUUAUUUUCGCUAAACCUGAAGAAGAAGAUCUAGUAAAUGUUGUAAUAAAAGCUAUAGAAAUGAUUAGACUCAAAGAAGUCAAUCCAAUAAAAUUUCAUGAUGAAAUAAAAGAAAUGUAUAGUUGGGUAAACAUUGCUGAAAGAACUGAAAAGGUUUAUGAUUCAAUUUGGAAAAUGAGAAUUCCACCAUUGAUGGAAAGAUUAAGAAGAUAUUAUGGAUGCGGGGUUUGGGCAGGAAAAAUAUUUUGUGUGCUAGUUGCAAUCGACUUUUUACUAUGGAGAUUUUUAGAAUGGAUUUUUCCUGAAAGUGAUAUCGAUAUUGCUCCUUCAUUUCCAUAUCAGAAAUAUAGAAAAAUGUGUCAAAUGGCAGAUAAAGAUGAUGAUGAUCUGUGA